AUGAACAGUCUCAUUGGCAACACAACUCGAUCGUUGUUAAAGCGAUCACUUCACUUGCAUGGUAAUAGAAGUUACUUGACUUCUAGUAAGCCACUAUGCACAAAGGUUCCACUCCCUGAGGAUUGGGUCAAGUUGUCAAAGAAGGAGAUCAAGCAUGAUGACCCUGCUGGUAAACUUACAUUCUUGUCACCAGAGGGUAUCGAGAUCAAACCAUUAUAUAUGCAAGCUGAUGCAAAGGGAGUGGCUGAUGAGAUACCAGGCAAGUUCCCAUUCACUCGUGGACCUUAUGCGACAAUGUAUGCCAAUCGUCCUUGGACCAUUAGACAGUAUGCUGGUUUCUCGACGGCUGAGGAGUCGAACAAGUUCUACAAGAAGAACAUGGCGGCUGGACAGAAGGGUCUUUCAGUGGCCUUUGAUCUGGCCACGCACAGAGGCUACGACUCGGAUCACCCUCGUGUCGUCGGUGAUGUGGGUAUGGCCGGUGUAGCCAUCGACUCUGUCGAGGACAUGAAGAUCCUGUUCGACAGCAUCCCCCUGAAGGACGUCUCUGUGUCCAUGACCAUGAACGGCGCCGUGCUGCCAGUGCUGGCAAUGUACGUCGUUGCUGGUGAGGAGCAGGGCGCUCUGCAGGCACAGCUCAGUGGCACCAUCCAGAACGACAUUCUCAAGGAGUUCAUGGUGAGGAACACAUUCAUCUACGGACCUGAGGCGUCGAUGCGCAUCGUCUCGGACAUUAUGGCCUACACCUCGAGAAACAUGCCAAAGUACAACUCAAUCUCCAUCUCUGGCUAUCACAUGCAAGAGGCUGGCGCCGACACUUCGCUCGAGCUGGGCUUCACCCUGGCCGACGGCCUUGAGUACGUGCGUUGUGGAGUGCAGAGUGGCGUGACUGUCGAUGAGAUUGCACCACGUUUCUCCUUCUUCUUUGGCAUUGGCAUGAACUUCUACAUGGAGAUCGCCAAGCUUAGAGCGGCCCGUCGUCUCUGGUCCAAGUUGGUCAAGGCCAAGUUUGCACCAAAGGACGAGAAGUCCUUGAUGCUGCGCACUCAUUGCCAGACCUCUGGUUGGUCUCUGACCGAGCAGGAUCCAUACAACAACGUCGUGAGAACCACUGUCGAGGCCAUGGCUGCCGUGCUCGGUGGCACACAAAGUCUGCACACCAAUGCCCUCGAUGAGGCUAUCGGUCUGCCAACAGAGUUCAGUGCUAGAGUGGCCAGAAACACACAGCUCAUCCUGCAAGAGGAGACUGGUAUCCCCAACAUCAUUGACCCAUGGGGAGGCUCAUACGCCAUGGAGGCGCUGACCAACGAGCUUGAAGCCCGUGCCCAGCAGAUCGUGGACGAAGUCGAAGCGAUGGGCGGUAUGUCCAAGGCCGUGGCUGAGGGUAUGCCCAAGCGUAGAAUCGAAGAGUCGGCUGCUGGUCGCCAGGCUCGUAUCGACUCGGGCAAGGAGACAAUCGUCGGAGUCAACAAGUACAGACUAAAGAAUGAGGACCCAAUCGAUAUUUUGGCCAUCGAUAACAAGACUGUCAGACAGUCACAGAUCGACAGACUCGAGAAGAUCAAGGCCACACGUGACAGUGCUGCCGCCAAGCAAGCUCUGGCCGAUCUCACAGAUGCCGCCAAGAACAAGACUGGCAACCUCCUCGAUCUGGCCAUCAAGGCCGCACGUCUGAGAUGCACAGUCGGAGAGAUCAGUGACGCCCUCGAGCUGGUCUAUGGCCGCUACAAGCCCACCCACUCGCUGGCCAGCGGUGCCUACAAGACCAACUACGGCAAGGUCAACGAGAUUGACAAUGUGCUGGCAGAGGUCAAGCGCUUCAACGAGAAGCACGGACGUCCACCCAGAAUCCUGGUGGCCAAGAUGGGCCAGGACGGCCACGACCGUGGCGCCAAGGUUAUUGCCUCGGGCUUCUCUGAUCUGGGAUUCGACUGUGAUGUCGGUCCUUUGUUCUCCACCGCCAGCGAGGUCGCACGUCAGGCCAUCGAUGCUGAUGUGCACGUCGUUGGAAUCAGUUCGCAGGCUGCAGGACACAAGACACUGGUGCCAGAGUUGGUCGGCGAGCUCAAGAAGAUGAACGCCUCCCAUAUCUCUGUUGUGUGCGGUGGUGUCAUCCCCUUCCAGGACUACGACUUCCUGUACAAGGCCGGCGUUGUUGCCAUCUUUGGUCCAGGCACCAAGGUCACUGAUGCCGCAAUCACUGUUAUCAAGUCAAUCGAUGAAAGCUUGGCCAAGCAACAACAGUAA